GGGGUCCCGUGGCACUUCAGGUUCGUCGUCGGUGAUGCGGUCGCAUAUAUUGGAUCAGCCGCUGUUUAACGCUUUGCGCUUCGUAGAUUCUACCAGUGGAUCUAGCAAAUCCGAAACGUCGAUUGCACAAAAUGCCGACGAGGGGGAGACGGAGACAUUGUCGAAGAGGCUAGCCUCCGUAACGUCACUGUCAGCGCAAAUAGACAUGGUUUUAAAAGACUUCCGGCGCAAGUUGUCGUUCGAGUUGGGCGUCGAAGAAGAAGCGCUGGAUCUGACGGGGUCGAGCCACGACAUGGGCGUCGACUCGUUGCUGGCGGUGACACUGAGGGGUUGGUUUUGGAAAGAAAUGGACGCGAAUGUCAGUGUUUUCGAUAUCAUGGCUGAGAUUAGUGCUGAAGAGUUGUGUCACCGCGCACUCGACAAGUCUCCACUUCGUAUCAGGACUAAUGGUGCGGUGUGA